AUGGGGGCCCGGUUUAGUUACCCAAGUCUGCAGCAUGUCGUGCUGGUUGCCGGGCUGGCCGCCGUCAUCUGGUGGUACUUCUACAUGGGACCGGCGGCUGGUGGCGCACCCCCGAAUCGUCGACCCACCACCACUGCCAGCACCAAGAAGAAAAAGGACAAAAAGAGCAAGUCCACCAAGCACAGCACCUGCAAACCCUCCAAAAAGAAAAGCAAGGAUUCGAAGCGGAAGGUCCGUGCCCCGCUGACCCCGGAGAAGAAGAGGGCUCUCGCAUCGAAGGAGCAGGCCCCCCAGCCCCAGCCUUCCGACACUGACCUGAACACGGCGAAGGCGGUCUCUCCACGCCAGAGCACCGUCGACACCCCGGACCUCAUCGCCAAGGUGAGCAAGGACGACCAGGGGUACGGGUCGAUGUGCUACUGCCGCGACGCCGCCCACCGCAACACGUACGACCCCGAGCAGGCCAAGUUCAACCCGGCGCUCAUCUACCAGAUGACGGCCACCAAGCUCGGCCCGAUGCGCUACGAGGCCUACAAGGCCAAGGAGAUUCAUAUGUACCAGGGCGAGAAGGGCUCGCAGCUGUGCGAGGCGGCCCGCGGCGAGGAGAAGCUGCCCGACAUCGGCCAAUCCUACCUGACCGCCCUCGAGCCGAUCCUGCACGCCCUCGAAUACGGGGAUCGUCACGCGGCCCUCAUCGAUGAUCUCAUCCGAAACUAUGACUACCUCGAGACUUCA